AUGGUUUCCCCAGACCCCCAAAUUAUCGUGGUAGCCCCCGGGGCUGAACCCGACUCUACGGAAGUCCAACGCACUGAGGACGGGGGAAUCAUUAUCCGGAUAUUUUGGGUGGGUCCCAAAGGCGAGCUGCUCACGCGAACCCCGGUGAGUUUGGUCACGCAGAUGCCGAUGGGGGUCCCGAUGGGGAAGUCGAUGCUGGUGCUGCUGACCUUCUUGGCCUUGGCCUCGUGCUGCUUUGCUGCUUACCGCCCCAGUGAGACCCUGUGCGGCGGGGAGCUGGUGGACACCCUCCAGUUUGUCUGUGGGGACCGCGGCUUUUACUUCAGCAGGCCGGCAAGCCGCGUGAGCCGCCGCAGCAGCCGUGGCAUCGUGGAAGAAUGCUGUUUCCGCAGUUGUGACCUGGCCCUUCUGGAGACCUACUGUGCCACCCCCGCCAAGUCCGAGAGGGACGUGUCGACCCCUCCGACCGUGCUUCCGGACAACUUCCCCAGAUACCCCGUGGGCAAGUUCUUCCAAUAUGACACCUGGAAGCAGUCCGCCCAACGACUGCGCAGGGGCCUGCCUGCCCUCCUGCGCGCCCGCCGGGGUCGCAUGCUUGCCAAGGAGCUCGAGGCGUUCAGAGAGGCCAAGCGUCAUCGUCCGCUGAUCGCCCUGCCCACCCACGACCCCGCAGCCCACGGGGGCGCCUCUCCAGAGGCCUCCGGCAAUCAGAAGUGAGCCAAAAUGUCGCGUAAUUCUGCAAGAUGGCACCGUCCACCUGGUGCCCUCCUCCUGGCCAGGGGCUGUUCCACCAGGCCCCGCCUCUGACCCCUCUCGGGAUCGCAUUCCCUCUGCGGGCUCCCCCAGCCCCGGCCCCCGCGCCCCAACCUCCCCACGUCAGGCUCUUCUCUCCUUGGCCCUCUCCAUUGGGCUGAGGAGACUCUAGCAACAUCUCUAGAAAUGUGCAAACUCAUUUGGCUUUAAACAUCCCCCCAAAUUACCCCCAAAUUACCCCCAAAUUGUGUAACCGAAAAACCGACACUACGAACCCCUAACUCU